ACGCGUCCACUACACAACAAAGCUUCACAGCAAUUACACCAUGGAGGUCCAGCUUACCAAAGGGAUUGUCAAAAGACUUUCUGCCGCACACGAGACGGGUGAAGACCUCACUAACUCUCAACCGACUCUGCAAGUUAUUUCGUUCCGGAAAGUGGACUCGCCACCAAAUGCGACUAAUCAGACUACCGAUCGCUACCGGACCAUAGUAUCCGAUGGAGAGAACAUCAUGCAAGGCAUGUUUGCCACGCAGCUGAAUAAGAUGAUAGAAGACCAGUCGAUUAAGAAGAACACGGUUAUUGUUGUCGAGAACUUGACGUGUAGCUAUCUUCAAGGGAAAAGAUUGAUUAUCAUUAUGGGCGCACGAGUCCUAGCACAAGUCGAGUCGAAGAUCGGCAAUCCCGUGGCUCUGCAAGCUCCUGGUGCUGCCGGUGCUGCUACUGCUGCGGAGAGUGGAUCUACACCUGCUCCCCAGAUCCCCGCUGCAGCUCCUUCUACUUCUGCCACGACUCCGACUUCCCAAGCACAGAGCCGACAGCAAGGUCAGGCAAAGACGGGAGGAAAGCCGAAUUCGGUGUAUCCUAUUGAAGGUCUCAGCCCCUAUCAGAAUAACUGGACCAUCAAAGCGCGUGUCACUCAAAAGACGGAUAUCAAGACCUGGUCGAACCAGCGAGGGGAAGGCAAGCUUUUCAGCGUCACUCUCAUGGACGAGACGGCAGAAAUACGUGCCACCGGAUUCAAUGCUGUUGUCGACGAACUCUAUGACAAACUGCAAGAGGGUCAUGUCUACUAUAUCUCGAAAGCCCGUGUGAACUUAGCCAAGAAGAAAUUCUCCAAUAUCGCUAACGACUAUGAGCUCGCCCUUGAACGCAACACCGAGGUGGAAGAGUGUCUUGAUCCAACCAAUGUUCCUGCAGUCCGGUACAAUUUCGUCGAAUUGAACGGCCUGGAACAGCUUGAGAAGGAUUCUACUUGCGAUGUCAUCGGCGUCGUCAAGAGCGUCGGGGAUGUGGGUACUAUCACAUCAAAAGCGAGUAACAAAACGGUCGCGAAGCGUGAUCUGACCAUAGUGGACCGCUCCGGGAAAGCGGUCCGUGUCACCCUAUGGGGCGCCCAAGCGGAACAGUUCAGCGCAGAUGACUCGCCCGUCAUUGCUUUCAAGGGGGUGAAGGUCGGCGAUUUCGGGGGCCGCACGCUGUCCAUGUAUAGUUCCAGCACGAUGACAAUCAAUCCGGACAUACCCGAAGCUCAUGUUCUCCGAGGGUGGUACGAUGCAAAGGGAGUCGAGCAGAGUUUCCAGUCAUUGUCCAAUGGUAGUGGUGCUGGGAGCGGUACCAUGGGAGGCUUCAACCGCUCCGAGAUGCGCACCUUGUUCGAUGUCAAGGAGUCUGGCUUGGGCACGUCCGACAAGGCAGACUAUUUCUCGUGCCGAGCAACAAUCAUGCAUAUCAAGGGUGACAACAUAUCAUACCCCGCGUGUCCAACCGAGGGAUGCAAUAAGAAAGUAGUUGAUCUCAGUGACGGGUGGCGUUGUGAGAAAUGUGAUAGGUCGUUUGAAAAGCCAGAGCAUCGAUAUAUCAUGUCUAUGGCUGUGGCUGAUCAUACCUGCCAAGCGUGGUUGCAAGGGUUUAACGACGUAGGAGUGGCCGUCUUUGGCAUGUCUGCCAAUGAGUUGGUGGACAUUAAGGAGAGGGAUGAAUCCGCUUACAAUGUUAUCUUGCACAAAGCAACUUGCUCAACCUUCAACUUCGCUUGUCGUGCUAAGCAAGACACCUAUAAUGAACAAACUCGCAUUCGUUACGGUAUAUCGCGUAUACUGCCCUUGGAUUAUGCAGAGGAGGCUCGUGUCUUGCGAGACACUCUCCAGUCGUGGGAUAAGUGUUGAUGGAACCCUCCGGCACUGUAUAUACGCUUUCCUGAGUUUCCACUGCUUUGCUGUCAUGUUUGUAGGACUACUGGGUAGCAUGAUAUUAUACAAUAUAUGGUCCUCGCGUGCGCGUGGAUUAGUAUUACAGGGCGACAUUAUAGAUAAUAAAUCAUAAGGAUAAAGCGCGUGAGUACAAGGAGCAAGAACAAGAGAGUGGAUUAUCGGCGUCAGGGUGGGUCCAGGGGAUAAUGAUAUACUCUGCGUAUCAAUUGCCAGACAGUCCCCAAGCUGCCUACAACGGCAUCGACUGUUGCGCGACCAGCCAGAUGGAGGUCAUAUUCGUCAGGCCACCGGAAAGGAACAUAUUGAGUUGGGAUGAGGGCAUAGGAUCGACUCGCGUAGCCGUCAUGUGACGAGCUUAAAGUAGAUGUCGACGAAGAGAGCAUUGGGUUUUCGUUG